AAUUGAAACCAACCUAAAACUCCUUUUUCCAUUAUUCUAAAGGUAGAUCCGAUUAUUGUUGAUUUAAACAUCGGACUGUCUACCCCGAGAAUCCACCUCAGGGCUUUGCAGGUUUAUUCAGAGUGAAGAUACGGAUUGAAGAAGGACUUCUGGUUUGGUGCAAUUACAUUUGGCGCCAUCUAUGGGAAUUCAAACUAAAAGCUCUCUUAUUGCUCUUUCAUCAUGGUUAACACUCGGUCUGUCUGAGUUGGAAGUCAAGCUCAGCCUCCUGCCCAAGGCCAAGCUCACUCACAAUUCAGCUCCCAUCCCAAACCAAGGUGAUGCAGUCGCAGCUCAGCUCACCGCAAUGCAACAACAGUUUGGUGUUUUUCAGUUGGUCGUGGCUCAACUUUUAACUCGGAAUAAUCCUGGUGAUCCCCUCAUUAAUCUACUCAACCCUACUCAACCCUACUCAAUAACCUCUAGUUCAACAGUAAGAGCUCCAACCAAUUCAACAUGCUCUUGCCUUCAUCUACCUCCGAGAUCUAUUAGUUCUUAUAUAGAGAUGACAUCUGCUUUUGUGACAAAGUUUUCUAGUAAGAGGUUGAUUCAGAAAACCACUUUUGAGUUGAUGCGAGUCAUGCAGAGAGAUGGAGAAUCUCUGAAGAAUUACAUGAGCAGAUUCAAUGAUGCAAUUCUGGUGGCUAGCUCAUUGGAUCAGGCUGUGAGAAUUGUGGCUGUAAUUCAAGGUCUUAACCAUGAAAGAUUCAGGGAUAGCUUAAUUAAGCAUCCCACUGUCACUUUUAACGAGGUUAAUGACAGAAAUUUGAAAUUCAUAACUGUUGAGGAGUAUGCCUUGUCACAGAAGCCAGUUCCUACUAAGAAUCAAAACCCAGCUUGGAGAGAUGAGGGCCAGAGUAGAAAGUGGAUGAAGACAAUACAGAAUCGAGGUCCGAUGUCAAUCCCCACGCUGAGAUUCGAAAGACUGAACUCGGUAACUCUCCAACAAACUUCCAACCAAGCACCAGUUACAUGGACUCCUUUCAAUCUGCCAAGGUCGUAGAUAUUCAUGCAGAUCAAGAAUAAAAUGGAUUUGAGGCGACCAAGGCCAAUGAAAAGUUUUGCUGCUACAUGUGAUCAUACUAGAUAUUGUGAUUUUCAUUAAGAUCACGGCCAUACAACGAAGGAGUGUAAUAGUUUGAGGCUCGAAUUGGAAAGUCUAGUUUUGAAGGGAAUGUUGAAUGAAUAUAUCCAGAGAACAGAGCAGCUGGAGUUUGUUAGAGAACAGGGGCUACAGCCAUAAGGAUCUUGUAAUACAGCAAAUAGGCAAGG